AUGCCGAAACGCAAGUCCGCACCAGCGCCGACGGCCGCGCCAAGCCCGGCAGUAGGCGACCUCGUCUGGGUCCUCGGCCUCGGCGGCGAAGCCUUGGAGAAGCCCUGGCCCGCAAUAGUAAGAGACGUUGACACGGAUGGCAACAGCGUGGCCUGGCCGCCGGCACAAGUCGACGGCGUCCGUAGUUAUGAAUGCGACUACCUGGAUCACCCCUCGCAAGACAGUGUGCCGGACGACCGGCUGCUCGCCUUCGAAGGUGGUUAUGCGCGCGUCGCGAAGUCGUCGGAGUGGGAGAUCAAGGCGAAGAACUGGGACGCCGCGCAUGAGUCCGCGCUGGCUUUACUGGCCGAGAAGGUGGACUCUUCUGGCGCUCUCGCCAUCGCGAUGGGCUCGGAGCGGAGCCGACGGACGAAGUACGAGAAGCUUCUCGGGCUCGACAAGGCGUCCGCGCCGUCGAAGAAGCGCAAGGCGCCGGCCGCCAAGCCCGCGAAGAAGAAGCCCGCGCCGAAGAAGCAGGAGCCCGAGGAGGAGCCCGAGGCCCCGGAGCCGCCGCCGAAGAAGCGCGGCAAGGCCGCGCCCAAGGCGCCGCCGAAGCGCCGCGGCGCCGUCAAGCUCGACAAGGCGGCCCUCGAGGCGCGCAUGGCCGCCGACGGGUGGACCAAGGAGGAGAAACCGCGGGCGGGCAAGCCUGGACAUGUCGACAAGUACUACGUCCCGCCCGGCGGCGGCAGGAAGCUGCGGUCCCCGCUCGAGGUGGCGCGCGCGGCCUACCCCGAGUUCUUGGCCGGCGGUGAUGCCGCCGUGGCGACGCCGAGCAGCCCGCGGCCCGACACGUCCGGCGACGAGGCGCUAGCGCGGCGCUUCGCGGCCGCGCGCGACGCGCGGCCCAAGGCGCCGGCCGCCAAGCCCGCGGCCAAGCCGAAGAAGAAGCCGCCCGCGCCGGCGCCGGCGCCUCUGGCCCAACAGUCCUCCGACGAGGACGACUUCGACGAGAAGUUCACUCAGCGCGCGCCGGCGCCGCCGGCCGCGCCGCCGGCCGCCGCGGCGCCGCCCAAGAAGAAAAAGAAGAAGGCGCCCCCGGACACGUCGGGCGACGAAGAGCUAGCGCGGAGGCUGGGCGCGGCGGCGCAGCGGCCGAAGCCCAAGGCCAGGAAGCGGCGGACGGUCGUCGAGUCCGAGGACGACUCCGACGACGACGAGGCGCCGCCCGCGCCGCCGCCGGCGAGCCCGCCGUCGGACGAGGGCGACGACCUCUACGACGACGAGAACGACGAAGCCGAGGAGGAGGCCGGGGAGGAGCCGCCGGCGCCGCCCGCGGGCGGCCCGCGCUUCAAGGGCGGCGUCUCGUCGGCGACGUCCGAGGCGCUGCACCGCCACGUCGCCGAGGCGCUCGAGGCCGCGUCCGAGGCGCCCAAAGAGCCCGCGCCCGAGCCGGCGCGGCCGGGCCGCAUCGCGAAGAAGGCCCGGAAGGCGUCGGCCGAGGCCCCGACGGGUGAUUUCAUGGGCGCCUACCGCCGCGUGCGCGAGGCCUACGGGCGGAACUGGUCGCACGUCUCCGAGGCCGAGCGCACGCGGCUGGCCCUGUUAUGUAGAGACGGCAAGCCGGGCUGGGAGCCGGUCGCGCCGUGCCCGCCCGGGCCGGCGGCGGGCGGCUGGGCCGCGCAGCCGCCCCUCACGGUCGCGACGAGCCCAACGGCGGCGGCGGGCGGCUGGGCCGCGCAACCGCCCCUGACCGUCGCGACGAGCGGGUCGCCGCACGCGGCGGCGGCGGGCGGCUGGGCCGCGCAGCCGCCCCUGACCUUCGACGAAGCCCGCAGGGUGGUCGCAGGGAGCCAGGUGGCGGCCGGCGGCUGGGGCGCGCCCGGCCAGCCGUCCCCCGCUGGCUUCGUCGCGAGCGCCCCCCUCGCCAAGCGGAUGAUAGUUGUGGACAACAACAAGGUCAAGUUCCUCAUCGGCAAGGGCGGCGCCACGCACAAGGGCAUCCAGGAUCGCUCCGGCGCGCACGUCAGCAUUCCGAACGCGCCGGACCCGUUCGACCCGAAAAGGCCCGACCCGACGAAGCCCGUGCGCACGAUCACCAUCCGCGGUCCGAGUGAAGAGGCCGUGGGCGCGGCCGCGCGCGACAUCGAAUUUAUAUUGAAUGAGGCAGCGGAGAAGCUGCCCGUCGCGCGCACGGGCGCCGCGCCGCCGAUGAAGGUCGCGCCGCCCUGGAACCCGCACGGCCUCGGCCGCGCCUGCAGCAAGACGGUGGUUGUCGAUAAUUCGAAGGUCGGCCUGAUUAUUGGGAAGGGCGGCCAGACGCACAAGGGCAUCCAGGAGGGGUUUGGUGUGCUCGUCAAGAUCCCCAGCGAGGCGGACGCGGGCGACCCGUCGCAGCGGACGAUCACGAUCACCGGCCCGACCGACGAGGCUGUGGCCGCGGCCGCGAGCGAAAUAGAAAGCAAAUUGGCCGGCGGCUUCCCAGUGAGUCCCCGGGCCAUCGCGCCCGCGAACGGCGGCGUGCUGCAGCCCAUCGCGUCGCCUCAGUCCUUCCCAAUCGCACCGCCGUGGAACCCGGCCGCGGGCGCGGCGACGGCGCCGGGUUGGGGCUCACCUCCAGGACCGACGACGGGGGGCUGGGGCUCGCCCCCGGCACAGUCGCCGACGGGAGGCUGGGGCUCGCCUCCGGCGCCGGCGGCGACGGGCUGGGCCGCGCCGCCGCCCCAGGGCGGCUUCACGCCCGCACCGCCGCGGGCGGCCUCGCCGUCGAGCAGCGGCGGUCCGGCGCAGACGCCGACGGGCUGGGCCGCAGCGCCGCCACCGCCGCAGGGCGGCUUCACGCCGGCACCACCGCGGGCUGCCUCGCCGCCGUCGAGCCUCGGGGCAGCGGGCUGGGCAGCGCCGCCGCCGCCGCCUCGGGGUGGUUUCAAGCCCGCGCCGCCGCCGUCCUCGACGCCGAGCGGCGGCUUCAACGCGCGGCGCGCCGUGCUUAAGGAGAUGCCUGUGGCGGCGCCGGCCGCACCGCAAGCGCCGGAUCGGGCGUCGCCUGGUCCCGGCGGCCGCGGCCGCGGCAGCACGCUGCCUUCCUGGAUGACCAAGGGCGACGCGCCCGCUUCACUGACGCCGUCCGACCUCGCGACGGAGCGGGGCGACGUCCGCGUCGCGGAGCCGACGGAGGCGACGGCGCCACCGCCGGCGCCGCCCGCGCCGACGGCACCGACGGUGGAGGAGCGCGGCCCCACGCGGAGCUCCUGGGUCGCGGCUCCUGCGGCACCACCGCCGGCUCCGGCGCCGCCCGCCGCGCCGCGGGCGCCGUCGCCCCGCGGCGUUCCGGAUCGGCCGCCAUCGCGCAACGAGCGGGUGCCCGACUCGACCGACCCCGCGGUCCGCGGCCGGCCCGAGGCGCCGCCGGCGAAGCAACGCCGCGUCGAGACGGACGCGGGCAGCGCCACGGUCCGGCGGUCGGAGGGCAAGGCCUGGGGCGCGCCGCCGCCGCGGGCCGGCCGAAGCUUCGGCGUCGAGGAGAUGAAGAAGUUUGACGCGGUGUCGGACGACCGCCGCGACAUCAACUUGCCAAGUCGCGGGGAUGGGACCAAGUUCGCGCCGAUGAACGUUAAACGCCCCCUCAGGACGCUUCCGGACACGGCGGACGGCAGAAGGCGCGUCUACGAGUACGGACCGGGCCCGAACAUCGACCCCGACCCGAUGGCGCCGUUCGACCCCGCGGCGCUCGUGGGGCCCGCGGUCGACUGGGGCGACGAGCGCGCGGCGGCGGGCUGGGAAAUCGCGCGCAAGGACGUGCGCAACCUUGGACGCGACGGGCGCGUGCCCUACCAGAAGCGGCCGCACAGCGAUAUGAACGGGUAACUGAUAUGUGUGAUU